AUGAUUUAAAUACUUUUUGCUACACAAACAGGAAAUUCUGAAUUUUAUGCAGAAGAAGUUGGAAGACAUUUAAAUAAUGCAAUUGUUUCUUCUAUUGAAGACUUUGAUUUCUUAACUCUUCCUGAAUAAAAACGUGUCAUUUUCAUUAUAUCAACAACAGGAGAUGGAGACAUGACCAAUGAUAUUAAUAAAUUUUGGCAAUUUCUUUUAAUCAAAGAUUUACCAAAAGAAUCUCUGAUUAAACUUGAAUUUACUGUUUUUGGACUUGGAGAUUCCUCUUAUCCUAAAUUUAAUUAUGCUGCAAGAAAAUUAAGAAGUCGACUUUUGCAACUAUCUGCCAAAGAAUUUAUACCCAGUGCAUUUGGUGAUGAAUAACACCCUUGUGGAAUUGAUACAGAAUUUGUUAUCUGGUUUCAAAAUCUCUUGAAAAAAUGUUAAACUUAAACCAUUAUUUCAUAAUAUAUAAAAAUUUAGCAACUUGAUAAUUAUUAAUUAUAAAACAUUGUUGAUAAACUUGAUUUUAUAUUUGUCAAUAAAAAGAGAUUGAGUGCUGAAUAACAUACAAAGGAAACCUUUUAAUUUAAUUUUCAAUGUAAUUAAAUGUUUCAAUGUGGUGAUAUUUUCAGUAUAAAACCAAGAAAUCAAAAUAAGUUGGUUUCAUAAUUUUUACAAUUAUAAAAAUUAGAUGGGAACAAAUGGGUAAAACUUGAAGAAUAAAAAUAAAAUUAAAAAUCGAAAAUAAUACCAAAAACUAUUUCUAUACAAAGAUUAUUUUCUGAAUUGUAUGAUAGUGAUUUAUUUAGUGUAGUUUGGAUAUUACCUCUCCUCCAAAUAGAUAUUUCAUAAAACUAAUGAGCCAAUAUGCAGAAAUAGAUAUCCAUAAGUAAAAAUUAACUGAAAUGUGUGCAUAAACACCAGAAGGUUUAGAAGAAUAUUAUAGUUAUGUAUAUAGAGAAAAGAGAAAUGUUUAUGAAGUUUUAUAUGAUUUCUAACCUUGUGUAAUUCCAUUAGAAUUAUUAAUAGAAUCCUUAAAGUUAAUAAGAGAAAGGCAAUAUUCAAUAAGUUCUGCUUAUGAUGGAUAAAAAAUAAGUAUAACAGUUGCUUUAGUUUGUUAUACAACAGGUAAGAACAGAUUAAUAAAAGGAUUUUGUUCAAAUUAUCUAUAAAACUUAUAAGCAGAUGAAUAGAUAGAAGGGAGAAUAAUAAAAGGAACUAUUACAUUUCCUUAAUAGAUAGAUAUUCCAGUAAUAAUGGUAGGACCAGGUACAGGAGUGGCUCCAUUUAUAGGAUUUAUAGAAGAAAGAUAAAAAUAAGGAGCUAAUAAUAAAGAUAAAUCAAUUUUAUUUUUUGGAUCAUGUUAUGAAAAGAAAGAAUUCUAUUAUGAGAAAUUCUUAUAAGAAUCUCCAAUUACAUUGUUUACAGCAUUUAGUAGGGAUUAAUAGAAAAAGAUUUAUGUUUAACAUAGAAUAUUAGAAAAUAGAGAUUUAAUUAAUAAAGUAGUUAAAGAUAAUCUUAAUAAUGUGAUGUAAAAAUAUUAAGUCAUGUUUUUAGGAUUAUUGUAACAGGAACAUCGAAAAAAAUGCCUACAUAAGUUGAGUUAGUUUUUAAAGAAUGUUUAGGUGAAUAGAUAAUAUAAGAGUUAAAAAAGAAAAAAUAAUAUUUAGUUGAGUGUUGGUGAAACAGGUUUAUUAUAUAUAAAAUAU